CCCCAUCCACUGCAACAUUCAGGCAGGUUCACCCACAGCUGCAUAGGCUCGGAGACGCCGCUGCUGCGUAGGUAGAUACUCGGUGAAUUGCGAACAUUCAGAGUAUAAAUCAGCGUCCAUAACCUCAGACAACGCCUCUACACUACAAACGCUUCAGAAUAACACUGAAAAAUGGCAGAUCCAAUGACCCAGUCUACUCAGAUUUCGUCGUCACAAGGCCUAAACGAAGGACACACUGCAACGUCCAAAGACUCGAAGUUUUCCGAUUCCUUUUUUUCCUCACCUGUAUCUCUCAUUCAGUCUCCUCAAGACAAAAGAGUGGUACUGGGCUCUGAAAAGCCUUCAGAGAAUAUGGCCACCUCUCUUCGCUUUUCUUCUCAACCAAGUUCCUUUUCUCAAGUUGCUUAUGGAAUUGAAUCUUCGGGACCACCUGGAGAUUACAUAGAGCAUUCUUUCAAAGAGAAAAGGGAGCUUUUUGACUCCCCCUUUGGAUCUCAAAAGCAGGACUCUCCUAUAAAGACGUCACCAGUAUCUGAAAGAAUCAAAGCAUUGGAAGCUUUAGCCGCAAAGAAGAAUGAUUUUGAUAGGAAUGACGGUGGGUUUCCACAUUUUAAAGAGCGACACUAUGAGAAGUUCCCCACUGAAUCACAUGGAAUUUCCUCACGUUUAUCCUUCCAGAAAAGGUCAAUGUCAAAUGAGCAGGAAUCACCUGAAUCACCCUUUGAAGUGCUUGGUGAGACAAGGCAUGGAAGUGACUUUGAGGACACCGCUGACUGGAUGAGAGCUCACUUACCCCCAGCACCAGAUUUCAACAUUGAAGAUCCUGAUCUUGAUGAGGAAAAAGACUCGCCCAUGAUGCAAGAGAGCCCAUGUAAAGCAAUGAAAGGAAACGGUGUUGAUGCACCAGAAGGUGCUCCUGAAACUUUUACAGGAGUUCCUGAUCAGUUCAUGGACAGUCCUGUCAAAUUAGCAGAAACAAAGUAUAAUGACGAUAAACGAUCAAAACAAGAAAGUGUUGAGGAAGAUUCUGAAUUUGACAUGAGAUUUUUACCUACAGCCUAUAUGUGGGACAAACAAGAGAAAACUGAUGUGGACACUCAAGGCUAUCAAAUAGUCCCUGACAAUCAAGAGCUUCCUGCCUCCCCUGCACCAUCAGCAGAUUUUGAAUCUCUGUCAUCCCCUGUUACCCAACAGAUGGACCCAAGUUCUACACAACAUUCCAGCACUUCAAAGGAAAACUUGGAACCUGCUGAAAUCCUAGAGGUAGAUAGUUCUGGGGAGUCAGAUGAUACAGUGAUUGAGGAAGUUGGCAGCAUCCCAGCAGUAGGAAAUAAUGACCUUGACAUUGAACCUCAGAAAGAUGAGAUUAUGCCAGAUAACGAAAAGCAGCUGAUUCAGGUGCCUAUUAUUAAUGUAAUUGAGACAGAGGAACAGGUUCUAAGUGAUGAGGAAGAAGAGCAGCUAGAGGUGGAAGGAGAGGAGGAUGAUAAUAAGUGUCAGAUUAUUCAAGGUGAAGGCAGAGAGUCCAUUGAGCAACAUGAGCAAUCAGAGGUUCCAGAACAUGUAUCUGUGGAAACUCUAAAUGAAGAAAAUAAAACUGACUAUCAAAUUUCCUCUCAGACAAAUCAAACAGACUCUGAUGGCGAAUACUUUCCUAAUCACGUGAUGAUCGAAGAAGAUCAUGAAAGUGGCAUUUUCCUCCAGUCCUCCCCAGACUCAAGUGGCCUGAUUUCAGAGGACUCUCAAGUGCAGUCACCUAUGUCUCAGAAUUUAGUGUCCUUCGAACCCCUAGAAGAGUCAACCCUUGACAAAGAGCUUGACAAAACUGGAGAAACACUCUCUGACCUCCCCCCUAACAAAAAUUACCCCUCAAAUGAGCCCAGUGAUGUAGAGACUUACCUGGAUCAUUACGCCAGUGAGGAGCUUGCUUUAAAAGACCAGCUGAAUUCAGAUUAUUUUAUGGAGAAUAAAAGGGAGAAAACUGAGCUCUCAAAGCCCAGCUGUCUUCCAGAAAAUCAAAAUAUCAGUACUUUUGUUCAAGAAUCCUUUGAGGAAAAUAUUACAGAUGAUUUUGAUGAAACACCCAACAGAUGCAAGAUGGACAAUGAAUCGGCACCUGAGCACCCGAUAUCUGACCCUUUAGCCGAUACCCAUGAUAACAUUGAGACUAUUGUCCCUCAAAACAAGAUGCCAACUGUUGAUUCAGAAGAUCACAAGUCGGCAGUGGAAUCUGAGAAUUUUACACUGCAAGAACAGGAGGAGUUACCAAUCCAGUCCAUUGGCAGACAAUCCCCAGUUCAAGAGAUCCCACCAGCACUUUUCCAUUUUUGUCACAAUGAACAGUCUGGCAAAAUCAAUGAAGUUUCUGACCCUAUGACAAAUGAUGUAGCUAAAGGAUCAGUGCUAACUAACUCUGAACCUGGGGUAUUGGCCUCCAGAGAUGUUUUAGAUAGACCAGAUUCGCCAGAGACCAUAAGCGAUACAGAGAAUGUUGAGCCAGAAUUUUUAGUAACGGCAGCGACAGACAGCUUUGUGGAGUUUAUGAGGGAGUGUCUUAAGUCACGGCAGGAUGAGGAGCCUGAGGGCUUCAAUCCAGGACAGGUAACCAUAGACCAGAAUCCCAAAUCUGAUGCUCUUGCUUUCAAUCAGUCCUCCCCUGCAAUGAUAAUGGACUUGGAGCAGGAGCGCCUAACAAUCUCUGCUUUGAAAGAACUUGGGAGCAGCCAAGAGGAAGAGGAGAAACCUCUCAUAGUGAAGACCGUCCUAAAGCCUGAUGAAGCUACUGAAAAUCUGGAAGCUUCAAUCACCUCAUCUUCCGUACCUCAAAAUCUUCCAAACGAGUAUCAGCCUGAUGCCUUAAUUGCCAAAGAGGUAGAGGCAAUCGAUAUUUGGGUGGCAGAGGCCUAUCACCUUGCAGAGCAUGUCUUGACAGCAAUACUAAACCACCUGUCAGUAAAUGACCUGGUGCAUUGGCGGGACCCUAAGAAGUCUGGAGUGGUGUUUGGCUUGUCGAUGCUGGUACUGCUCUCUCUGGCAGCAUUUAGCGUGAUCAGCGUUGUCUCCUACCUGCUGCUGGCCUUGCUCUGUGUCACCAUCUCUUUCCGCAUCUACAAGUCUGUUGUCCAGGCUGUGCAGAAGUCCAACGAGGGUCACCCCUUCAAGGCUCUGAUGGACAAAGAUGUCACCAUACCUCCCGAGACCUUCCGCAAGCACGUGGACCUUUGUCUGACCCACAUCAACUGUGCGCUCAAGAAGAUGAGCCGCCUCUUUCUGAUCGAGGAUCUGGUGGAUUCCCUCAAGCUCGCAGUGGUUAUGUGGCUAAUGACUUAUGUUGGAGCGGUCUUCAAUGGCAUCACCAUUCUCAUCCUUGCGGAUAUCCUUCUCUUCAGUGUACCGCCUGUCUAUGAGAAGAACAAGACCCAGAUUGAUCAUUACAUUGGCACUGCACGCAAUCAAGUCAACAGUACAAUGGCCAAGCUACAAGAGAAACUCCCAGGAGCAAUGAAGCGCUGUAAAACGGAAUGAUCCUUCUCUCCGAUUCCCUCAACACCAUGUUUACCAUCCUUCCAUCUUUAGCCGCCACCCCUCCCUUCCUCUUUGCCCCACCCCUUUCCUCUUUUUCCCCCAAUCCCCUGUUUAACCUCACCCCUUAAAACCACCAUCUGCACUGAACCAGCUAGUAUGUAAAAUCUAAAAAGCUUCUUGAUAUUCAAUGUUAACUCUGCAGCUUAAUUACGAGCAUUAGGGCAAGAAGCUUGGGGCUCCAGGAGCUGGUGUUUCCAACACAGAAUGUGAUGUAAUGCUGCAACUGGAUGCCCAUGUUGAUGGCCAGUGUGGGGAAGGGUUUGUGAACUAGACUGAACCUAUGACCUGGUUUUACGUGUUUGGUGGGUGGGUUAGUGUGCGGGUGGAUGGAAAUAAAAACAGGUAUUUGAAUUUAAAGCAAAUGUCUGUACUUUUAAAAAUGAACAUUUCACUUAAAAAAAAUAAAAUAAAACCUUAAAAAGACAAAAUCUUAGAAAUGUUCUGCAACACAUACUUGUUCCCCCUUCUUUUAGUUCUUUGACAAAACGUGUAUUAUUUGUCUGGACUUGCACAUGACGAUCAGUUGGGCUACUAGCAGUGAUAAUUUGGUCUAGUUCACCAUCCUACCUGUUAUUGGCACAAUUUUUAAUUUUGUGUAUGUAUAUAUAAUAAGGUUACAACAGGCUUUUUGCUGUGAAGUAGUUAGUGUUGCUUUUUAUAUUUAAAAAAAACAAAAAACCAAUAUACAGCUCUUAUAUUUGUCUCUUUCGCACCUCUUUUGCACUCAGUUAUCUGAGUUCAAAUGUAUGUUGUUAUUAUUACUAUUCAAAUAAGAGUUAUUAUAUUAUAUCUCAAAUAGGAUGGCUGCUUUAAAUCCCAUGUAUGGCAUUUGGCUCCGUAACAAUAAAUAUGUAUUAAUAUCCUUAA